AUACACUGAGGAGAAGCUGCAGAGGUGAAUGGAACAACUUUAAUGUUGCAUGAAAAACUAAGUCUAAAAUGAUCUGCUAAUCUUGUCAAUUUUAUACAAUGUUAAACAGGAGUAAAGCACAAGCAAUAGUAAAAUUCUAUUUUUUAUUAUCUAUGCUCUGUUUGCACCUUCUCUUUAUUAUAAAUGAUUGUGAACAGUGCAUACAUAGAGUGAAUGUUUUGAAAACUAAAUUUGCAGAUGAUAUGUUGUACUUUACCUUAAGUUUUGAUUUAAAAUUUUCCUUGGCUGAGGCUGAAGCUUAAACGUAAAAGAGUAACUGCACUCUGGGUUGUUCAAACAAUCCUCAAAGGACUUUGUUACUCACUCGGCAUUGCACUGUGGAGCCUUUGCCUUUUGGUAUAAAAAGAAGCAAAUUCGCAUUCAUUUUCUUCACAUUGUGUUGAGCUUCACACAGCUGUCUCAGCUUCCAAAUAUUUUGGUGAAGGAGACCUCAGACUCUCUAGAAGACAUGGACUUCAAUGGAACAUGGCAGGUGUACUCCCAGGAAAACUACGAAGAUUUCCUCAGAGCCAUGGAACUCCCAGAAGAUAUCAUCAAGAUGGCCAAAGACAUCAAACCAAUUACUGAGAUUAAGCAAACAGGCAAUGACUUUGUCAUCACCUCCAAGACACCUGGAAAGACUGUGACAAACUCCUUCACCAUCGGGAAAGAGGCUGAAAUUAACACCAUGGAUGGCAAGAAGCUGAAGUGCAUUGUCAAUAUGGAGGGAGGAAAACUAGUCUGCAAAACUGGCAAAUUCAACCACACACAAGAGCUCAAAGGAGGAGAGAUGGUUGAGACUCUGACUGUGGGCUCGACGACUCUUGUCAGGAAGAGCAGAAAGAUUUAAACCUGACAGUGACAAAGAUACAAUGUCUAUUUAAAUAAAAAAAUAAGUUUGCAUAA